UUAACAAUCGUUAAUUGAAAUGGUUUCAUGAUUAUUAUUACUCUAAUUGUGAUUACCAGGGUUCACUAGUGUUGCUGUUAAUUGUUAACAUUAACUGUUUGUUAAUUUCUACUCUUCCAAAUGAUUGACAAUUUAAUGUUUUCGUUAGAUUGAUGGAUAAGGUUUCUUUGUUUCUUUGCCGUUGGAUUUUUGCUUUUACAGAAUAUCAAAUUUAUCAUAUGAUUAGAGAUUUUUCCAUCUUUACAAGAUGAUUGGUUGAUUGGAAGCAAUUUAAUUCAUUAAUGGAAAUCGAUUAAUUAAAUUGUGCUGUUUAUUUACUACCUGGCCAAUGGGAAAGAGAGAUGGACAAACAAACAAACAAACAAAACCGAUCCUGACUCUUGUUGCCACUUGAACUUUUGGUUUAUCAUUGGAAAAUGAUUGAUUGAUGAUUGGACAACAACAAUUAACAGCUAAUUAAAAUAUUAGCUUUCCAUCUGAAGAUAAGGAACAAAAUUAAAGGGAACAAUUUAAGGAGCUGUUGGAAUAAAAUGGAAACGAAAAUCAAGCGAGCGUGUUUUCCAUUCAUGUUAUUCAAUUUGAACUUGAUGGUGUCUCAUGAGAAGAAAUUGGAUUAAUUUAGUGUAUUAUCAUUUUCUUUCACUUUAAUUAUGAUUAACAUCAUUAUCUUCAUCAUCAUACGAAUCAUUAUAAAAGUCAAGUAACUUUUAAUCGUUAAAGAUGAUUCGUAAACGAUUAUGAUCGUUAAACCUUCCUAAUCAACCUGAUGAAAUGUAUACUAUUACAAUCCCGAUAACAGGAAUAUCAAAUUAAUCCAAUGAUUGGCAAUUUAAAAAGGGAGCAAAAUAAAAUUGAAACAACAACGCAAACAAUUAGCAAACCUGCAAAGUAAUCAAUGGAUCAACAAUCUAUCUAAACCAAGAAAUGCGAUAAUCACCAAUUAACUAAUCAUUAUCCAAUUCUAAUGAUUAUUAUGUUAUUAUUUUCAACAAUCAAAAUGAAAACAAAUAGAAAAUCAAAGUUAACAAUUUAAAGACGUUCCAGUUGAUUAGUACAAUCAUUUUGAUUGCAGAAUGACAAAUUAACUUCCUUCACUAACAAUUUAGCUGAUUGUAAAUUGUAAUCAACUCAUUUUCCAUCUUCAAUACAUAAAUAAUCAGUAAAUGUCACAAUUAAUACAAUAUGAUUAACCAUUUAAACCAUAAAUCAAAAAAUUACUUUGGAUUCCAAUGAUGAUUAUAAUAAUAAUCAUUUCCUCAUCACAUUUUUGACCAAAACAACAAUCAACAAUUAACAUAAAUAAUACAACAUAAUCACCAUUAUAAUACCAAAUAACUGUUUAAUUACUCUCAUUAAUACAGUGUCAUCAUCAUCAUCAACAAUUAGCAAUCAGCAACAACAACAACAAUUAAGGAUCAAGUUCAUCCAAAUGAUAAUCAACACAAAAAGGAUUUAUAACUUUAACAAUGGUGACAAUUAAAAUUGUUUUAAUUGUUAAAAGAAAAAGAUGAGUAAAAUAAUCAAAGUAUUAAUAAGAUAAUGGAAAAGUAAUCAACUUGAUUAACAUGAUUAAAUUGUAAAUACGUUGCCUGAGGUUGGUUAAAGUUACGAUACAAGUUGUUACCAGAAUGAUGAACAGAAAAAAAGUUUUUCGUUAAUCAUUAUUAGUGCGACAUUGAAAAUCCACUCGUGAGUUCGAGGUGUUCAACUGUUGGUACAAUCAACACAAUCAACUCACUCUCUUUUUCCAACUCACUCACUCACAACUAUUAACUAAAUCAUUUUACAAUUAACACUCAUUUCACUUUCACCGUUAACCAAAACGGUCCACUAAUCAAAUAAUAAACGUUAAUUGUUGUUAGUUUUUUUUUUCAUUUCUUCUCAUAAUCAUUGGACAAAUUGUAAUCUAAUUGUGUGUUUAUAUUUAAAUUUAACAAUGAAACUACAAAAAUAAAAUUAAACAUUAAACAUUUUACAAUCAACUGAUCAACGUAUCUUUUUUUUCCCAAAUCAAUUGUAACUUUUAAUUGUUACAAUUAGUUUGCGAAUUGAGAAUUGACGAAAAAAUAAAUAUAAUCUAUUUUAAUCAUUUUCUAUGUUUCUAAAUUGUUCAAAUAUCCUUGUUUCUUAUUGAUUGUAAACUAUUCAUACUGUUGGCAAUUUGUUAAUUGUCAUCAUCAUCUUCAUCAUCAUCAUUAUAUCAUUAAAAAAAUCAAAUCUUAUCACAAGAAUCAACAAUUAGUUUGUUGUAGGAAAAAAAGUGAUUGCAAUCAAAUUUUGGUUAACACGUUCAAUUUGUGAUCUACAAUUAAAACUAUCAAAGGAAUCAGCAAUUAACUAACUGAUUUAAAAUGAAAAGUUUUCAUUGAUUCUGAGCAACUUCAUGGUAACAUUGAAUUUCCAGUUUUCUAUUUGUUUUUCUGUGUCUCCAAUCAACUCGAUAAAAAAGUGUUCUAACUUUGUUCUAACUUCAUCAUCAACUUGAAUUUCAUCAAAUUACCAAUCAAUAAAUUGUGAAUUUAUCCUAAAAUUGUUAAUUUUAAUUGUUGAAUAAGCGAAACAAUUCCAAUAAUAACGGUUUUAAUUGUAAUCAAAUAACAGCGACAACCUUAAUAAUAAUAAUACUCAAAGUAAAUUGAAUAAGAGUCAAAAUUUACAUGGUGACAACUUUUAUUGGCCAUUGAAUUGUUAUUAAUUGUUGUGCUAAUUAACUAAUCAUGAAUCGACUUGAAAGAAGGUUAAUUUUAUUACUAAUUGGUUUAACCAUCCUCAUCUUUUCCGGGAUAAUUACCUUGACAAUUUUAAUUCUCGCCAAGGAUGGAGAUGAAUUAAAGUUAUUAACAUCAGCAUCUAACACUGACAGUCAACAAAUUUGUUUAACCCCAGGCUGUGUAAAAGCAGCUGCUCGAAUAUUGGAUAAUAUUGAUUCAAGUGUUUCUCCUUGUGAUGAUUUCUAUGAUUACGCUUGUGGAGGUUGGAUUAAGAAGAAAUUUAUUUCCGAAGAUCAAACUGGAAUAACGCAAUUUGGAGCAAUUAGAGAUGAUUUAAACAGAAAAUUAAGAGAGCUGGUUGAAAGUAAUCAAGUUAAUCAAGAUGAUGAAGCAAUUUAUUUCCAAAUGAUGAGAACAAUUUACAAACAAUGUAUGAACAUAAGUGAAAUUAAUGAACAAUCAAAAGGUGAGUUAAUUAAGGACAUUGUUGACCUCGGCGGGUGGCCACUGAUUGAAGGUCCAACCUGGAAAUCAGCUGAUUGGGACUGGAUUGAAACUCUGAAAAAAAUGAGAUCCAAAGGUUAUGAUCACAAUAUUUUCCUAUCCAUUUAUGUGGCUCCUGAUGUUAAAGAUAAUAGUAGACACUUAAUUGAGGUUGAUCAAGCUUAUCUUGGUGUACCUGAUAGGAAAUACCUUUUGAAAGGUAUGAAUGAUUCAACCGUUAAGGCUUAUUAUAAGGCGAUUGUUGAUUCGGCUUCAUAUAUUGGUCAGAAUUCAAAGGAAGCAAUUGAAAAAGGAGCAAGUGAAAUAAUUGAUUUCGAGACACAAUUAGCAAAGUUUUCCCUGCCAAGUGAGGAGAGACGUAAUUUCACCAAACUGUAUCAUAAAAUCCCAUUGAUUGAACUUAAACGAAUCGGUUCCAAUAUUGAUUGGCCCUUAAUUGUGAGGAAUAUGAUGAUUGAUAAUAUCUCCGAUUUUGAAGAGGUAAAUGUUAAGGUUCCUCGAUUUUUACGAUCAGUUGAUGAUCUUAUUUCCAAAACGGAUAAAAGAAUACUUGCUAAUUAUAUGAUUUGGAGAGCGGUCUUUUCGGCCUUACCCUCAGCGGAAGAACCGUUGAGAAAAAUAUCCGAAAGUUAUGGUCGCGUUAUUUCAGGCCGAAAGACGGAGAAACCUCGUUGGGACACUUGUAUGAAACGUUUGUAUUCCUCUUUUGGUACACCCUUAUCAGCGCUUUAUGUGUCACGAAAUUUUGACGAGAAAAGCCGUCAACAAGCAGCAACCAUGGUUAAUUAUAUUCGAGGACAAUUUAUCGAUUCUCUUAAUCAAAUUGAUUGGAUGGACGAAGCAACAAGAUCAAAGGCCAUUCAAAAGGCUCAAGAGAUGAUCGUUCAAAUCGGUUAUCCGCCAGAACUAUUAGACGAAUCUAAGGUUAUGACAAUCUAUCAAAAUAUUCAAAUCUCACCCAACGAUAAAUAUUACACUAAUGUUCAAAAGCUACGAAAAUUCUGGACAGAUUAUGGAAUGAAAAAGUUACGAGAACCAUUGAUUAAAGAUGACUGGAAGAGAUUCUCAGAAGCGGCUACAGUAAAUGCUUUCAACAAUUUCAUCGAGAACAGUAUCAAGUUUCCAGCCGGGAUUCUUCAAGGUGUAUUCUAUGAUAGAGAACGGCCUAAUUAUCUUAAUUACGGUGGAAUUGGUUACAUUAUCGGACAUGAGAUAACCCAUGGUUUUGAUGAUCGAGGUCGACAAUUUGAUCAGAAUGGUAACAAUCGUAAUUGGUGGGAACCAGAGACUGAGAAAAAUUUUGCUUCUCGAGUUAAAUGUAUCAUUGAACAAUAUGGUAACUAUACUGUCGAUGAAGUUAAGGAAAAAGUUAACGGUAUCAAUACCCAAGGUGAAAAUAUCGCCGAUAAUGGUGGACUGAAACAAGCUUAUUCGGGAUAUAUGAAAUUUGUUGAAGACAAUGGACCCGAACCCUUAUUACCUGGAAUCGCAAUGAAUCAGAAACAAUUAUUCUGGAUUGGAGCUGCAAAUAUUUGGUGCUCCAAAUUAAGGCCACAAUCAAUGAAACUACGAAUCGCUACCGGUGUCCAUAGUCCAGCUAAAUUUAGGGUUAAUGGACCUCUUUCUAAUAUGGAACAUUUUUCCGAGACAUUUAAUUGUCCACUUGGAUCUCCAAUGAACCCAAAGAAAAAGUGUAAAGUUUGGUAAACUUAAAUUUGCAAAUUGAUUAACAAUUAACAAUCAACAAUCUAAUUAAACUCUCACAUGGACAAAUCAAAGAGCGAGAGACAAUUUAAAAAAGACACUGAUUAGCAGGUUAAUUGCUAAUUAAAGCACAAUCAUAUUCCUAUUAUUAUGUUCACCGAUUUAUGUAUAAAACAAUCAAUCAAAAUUUUCUUCCUCAACAAUUUAAUGUAUUAUUUAUUUUUUCCCAAUUAAUGGGGAUUAAAUUGUUCAAUUGAUUCCUAAUGAUUGUAUUAAAUUAGAUUUUAAUCAAUUUA